CAUUGGCCACUGCGCCGUCAGCUGGUGCUAUUUGCUGCUGUCGCUUUUGGCGCUCGGCCAUCCAGAAACAAACCAGUUCGAUGACUACUAAUAGUUAUAGCCAGAUGUACUAAUACACAACAAAUCACAGUCCUGCAGAGGGGAGCGCAAAUGAGUUCCUAUUUUGUGAAUCCCACUUUCCCUGGGAGCCUGCCUAAUGGACAGGACUCCUUCCUCGGGCAAAUCCCCCUCUAUCCAGCUGGCUAUGAUGCUCUGAGGCAUUUCCCCGCUUCUUAUGGGGCAUCGAGCCUCCAGGACAAGACAUACACCUCACCUUGUUUCUACCAACAGUCCAACACGGUCAUUGCUUGCAAUCGAGCGUCCUAUGAGUACGGCACCUCUUGUUUCUAUUCAGAGAAGGACUUGAGUAGCGCCUCUCCCUCGGGCAGUGGCAAACAGAGGGGCCACGGGGAAUAUCUGCACUUUUCUCCUGAGCAACAAUACAAAUCCGAAAGCAGCGUGCAGGGCAAAAUCUUAAAUGACGAAGGCAGCGACCGGAAGUACACAAGUCCUGUUUAUCCCUGGAUGCAGCGGAUGAAUUCCUGUGCUGGUACUGUGUACGGCACCCAUGGCCGAAGGGGAAGGCAAACUUACACGAGAUACCAAACCCUCGAAUUGGAAAAGGAAUUCCAUUUUAACCGAUACCUGACGCGAAGGCGCCGGAUUGAGAUUGCCAACGCGCUCUGCCUCACAGAACGACAGAUCAAAAUAUGGUUCCAAAACAGGAGAAUGAAAUGGAAAAAAGAGAACAAACUCAUAAAUUCCACACAGCCCAGCAGCGAAGAAACAGAGGAAAAGGCAGGGGGAGUAGAAUAACGAAUGCAUCAGAAAAGUUCCCAGGCCUUCCCCCUUCUUAGCGGCUUUCCCCCUUGUGUUCUCAUUCUGCCAACACUAUUUCUGCCCUAAGUAUUCACAGUCUGUUGUUUUCUAAAACUGGAGGAGAGGCUAUAUAUUUGCAAUCAACUGUGUAUUUCUUAGAAGAAAAAAAAUAGGAGUCAUUUAGAAGUCUGUUGUGUACAUAGCCCCUCUUUUCCUUCUCCUGUAAAGCCGGUUAACCAGGCGCCCCACCCCCAGAAAGGACCCUGGUUUCUGUUGAGCAUCUCGGGUUGUCCGAGUGUCUUCUAGUAGCUGUUAUUUGCUGCAGAAGCGAAGAGUUGCAUGGUUUAGCAUCUGAACUGUGAGCUGAUUUGGAGGGGGAAAGCACCAAUCCGAGGUUUCAGCCCUUUCAGAAUCCCAUUUACGGUCGGGGUCGUCUCCUCCCUACGGUGUUUGGGAGCUGGCUGUCCAGCGGGGUCUACAAAAAGUUUUACGGCACUAGGCAACAAUGCAAUAAGACCUAAACCAAUAAAUCUGCUGAACAAAGGAGGAAAAGACAGUUGGGGUCCCCCGCACCCCCUCCCCCCAAAAAGACCUCCAAGAGUCCUUUCGCCUCAGGCAGCAAUGGGCAAGGGAAGAACUUUCAGGAAACAAAGAAUCGCCCAGAAGGAGCUAUAAAACUAGUGUUCCCAAAUGAAAUCGGCUAACCCUAACGGGAAGAAAAGCAACCUUUCUAGGAGGGCAAGCAAAUCUGGACACUGAACUUUGCAGGCUCGGGAGAAGCCCGAUCUUUCUGAGGGUGCGGUGCCACAGGGAGUCCCAGCUGCAGUUCCAUAAGACCGGGCUUGCUUCCUCUCCCCUUUUUAUGUCAGUAAGAGGGAGGCAGUUUUUAUUAGGUGGCACAUUGGCCUGAGCUUUCCGCAUUUCCAAGUGGCUCACAGGCUUGGUUCAGACAGUCCCUUAUCUCUCUGCUACCUUUGUCAUUUACUUUCGAAUUUCUAAGCCCAGGGAAAUAAAGGCUACAGACCGACCUGCCCUGAAAUGCUUCCAUUCUGGCUCUCCUUGAAUUUGUUCUCAUUUGAGCAGGAUUCUCAAAGCAGGUCGGUCAAGCUAUCUCUGCAUCGUCCCAUCUUUGCUUCUGCAUUUUCGGGGAGCCAAGCCUGGGCACAGGCGUAUGCAGCAGGAAACCCCUCUGCUUUCACGGCUGGCCAGACCGGGAAGCUGGAAUACGAAGAUUUUCUCUGAGCUUAGUCCUUAAAGCGAUUGGAAUAGCUAUCUAUGAAAAUCAUAUUUACUUGUGAGGGGGAAAAAAUCCACUGGGACUAUAAAACUGUACGGAAUUUGACCUCGCCUCGGAAAACUCAACACAAAACCUAUCUUUACUAGAUGUUUGUCAUUUAAAAUCGGCAGGGUAGUGUCCCUUAUGCGCCUACAGAAAAGAGGUCUUUGAUUGCAGCUGCUGGGGUAGGGGGGAGAUUUAUUUCUCCAAUUGGUUCAAUGUACAUCACCCUAAAAAAAGAGGUGAUUUUUGGUUUUUUGCAGAAUUCUG